AAGCCCCCUGUCUCUUUUCCGGGGACGUCUAGUGCGCAUGCUUGAAUGUCAGGAAGGAGUAUCUCAUUUUCAACAUGGCGGCGACCAUAGAUCACAGCAAUGCUUCACAGGCGACAAAGAAAAAGCACCUCGGCAUCCCUGAAGCAGUGUUUUUGGAGGAUGUGGACUCUUUUAUGAAGCAGCCGGGCAAUGAGACGGCAGACACCGUGCUGAGGAGGCUGGACGAACAGUACCAGAAAUAUAAAUACAUGGAGCUUAACCUGUCUCAGAAGAAACUUAGGUUGAAAAACCAGAUCCCACAAAUCACACAGACGUUAGAAAUUCUACGACACAUGCAGAAGAAAAAGGAAACCACAGAACCCAUGGAAACACACUUCCUACUGGCUGACAGCGUUUACUGCAAGGCCUCAGUGCCGCCCACUGACAAAGUCUGUCUAUGGUUAGGCGCUAAUGUCAUGUUAGAGUACGACAUCGAUGAAGCCCAGGCUCUCCUAGAGAAGAACUUGUCCACAGCAUCUCGCAACCUAGAGACUCUGGAGGAGGAUCUGGAUUUCCUGCGAGACCAGUUCACCACCACUGAAGUCAACAUGGCGCGAGUCUACAACUGGGACGUGAAGAGAAGGAGCAAAGAGAACCUCUUGAAAUCGGCAGAAAAGUCUUAAUAUCACCCACUUCCCCACUUUGCAGCUUCUUCUUUGUCAAUGAAAACAAUAAAACCCGAUCCUUAAAGUUGUAUGCAUGUUCCUCGGAGGUUAAAGCUCAGAGUCUGAACCACUUCUGUGCUAGCUUCGAACUCACCAUGAUUAAAUGAAAGUCCAGUUGCUUUAGGACAGCGUCGAUAGUCUCAUGUAAGUCUCCCCCGUAUUCACAGUAUAUCGGGGAAUUUCACAGCUUCUGUUUUCUGUUCAUUUGAUAUAUUUUUUAAAUAUUUUUCCAGUAAAAAUCAACAAAAAAAACAAAGGAUUUGAAUAAAUGUUGUGUUCUUCUCAGUUACAUUCUGGGCCAGAUUGCGAGUUUUUAUUUUUUAGCUCUAUGUUCUUUCUCUUGUAUCUUCCAUUCUCACCCUUUUUUCCUCCACUUGGAGCUUUCAUUAAACCGAUGCUUGAACGUAAUGGAGGGAGUCCAGCCGGCAGUGUGAAAACUAAAGAUGAAUAAAACCGUUUUGUCUCAUGG